AUGUCCAGCAUGGAGAAGGACGCCCCACGUGAAGUCGAACGAGCCGACACUGCGACCACGACGGCGAGCCAGAUCAAAGAUGCAGUCCGGCUGGGCGAGGUCAAGACGACAAAAGUCAAGGACGUCGCGUUUGCGGAUGCCAUCGACAAGGACAAUCCGAAGCCAUGGUCGAAGUCCAUGCUGAAGCUGUACGCCAUCAUGGCGCUGGUGACUUUGAACGACUGUGGCAACGGCUUCGAUGGGACAAUCAUGUCGUCCGUCAAUGCGAUGGACCCGUGGCACGAUUACUUCGUCGCGGGCAUGGAAGGGGCAUCGAUCGGUGCUGUCUUCGCGCUGUACAGCGUCGGCAACAUCGUCGCCUGCUUCUUUGUCGGGCCAGCGUGCGACUUGUUUGGGCGUCGCUUCGGUAUGGGCUUUGGCUCGUCCUUCAUCAUCCUCGGGACCAUCAUCCAGGGCUGUGCUCAGAACAUCGGCACGUUCAUGACCGGGAGGUUCUUCCUGGGUUUCGGUGUCAGUGUCUCAGUCACCGCUGCGCCCAUCUACCUGGUCGAGAUGGCCUACCCUUCGUGGCGAGGAGCGACUUCUGGACUUUAUAAUGUCUGUGGGUGGUACUUUGGCUCGCUUGUCUCCACGUGGACGGCGUACGGUACAGGGAAAUUGACUUCGAAUUGGUCAUGGCGCAUUCCUAUCCCCAUUCAAGCCGUCCCAGGCCUUGUAGUUGUAUCACUGGUCUGGCUUAUCCCAGAAAGCCCACGUUGGCUGUCGUCGCACGGUAAGACCGACCAAGCUCGCAACACAGUGAUCAAGUACCACGGCGACGGCAAUCCCGAGUCCGCCAUUGUCAAGCUCGAGCUCGAGGAAAUGCAAGCCCAACUCAACUACGAUGCCGAGUUGAACAGGAGCCAGAAAUGGUGGGAUCACCGCAUGCUAUUCAACAACAAGGAGAAUUUGUACCGGAUGUGGAUCGCCUCGCUUGUCACCAUCUUCUCACAGUUCAUUGGGGGUUCAGUCAUCACAUACUACAUGCCUAUCAUCCUCGAAAAGAGGGCAUCACGAGCUCCUCCCAACAACUCCUCCUCAACGGCAUCAACGUCAUCUUUGGCUUCGUCAAUUUUGUUUGUGCUUGUGGUCAUGUCGGAAGUUGGUGUAUGA